GGAGGCGCCUCCAGUUGCAACCGCCGUCCAUCCUCGUCCACUAAGGGAUGGACUAUUUCUCUAAAUUCCUGAGGUCAGGGCUUCAACCAUCCGCUAAAGUUGAAAUUGACCACGCGCAGGAGUUUCACAAGUCAUGGACAUCAAUCAAGAACACCCUAGAGCACCCCGAUGAACGACAACUCGCGCGGGGGAUCAAAGCGACCGAUGUACCAGCGCACCUACAAUCCGUGGUGGACGCGCUUGUGUGGGAAUCGACACGUACAGAAGAGGGCGGUACUGGUGUUUGUCUCGAAUACUUGCUCAAGAAUGAUAUCCUUGGCACCCUCGUGAAGCUCAGCGAAUUAGAUAGGCCAGUCGGAAUCCAAGCCGAAGUUCUGCGAGCUGUUCAGAACAUGGUCGUCCUCCUUGAUGAACAGUUCCUCGUCCAUUCUGCAGUACACAAGGCUGUUUUAAGGCUUCUCCGGAACUGCGUCGGUGACGAUAUUCAAGAACAGCUAGAUGGCCGGAACCGAGUCGUCGGUGCAGCAGGAACUAACAUGAGGAGUCAGCCUUCGGAGUACGAAGUGGAUCUGGUGAACCUUCUAUGUAUUCUUUGCAGCCGCAUCCGACAUUACCGAGAACUCCUUAUGAUCUUCUUCCAUGACAAACACUGGUACAGACCAGAGCCUCUCUUUGCCGUGGAAGAGGAAGAUGAAGAAGACGAGGAAGAAGAGCCUCCUGCUACCCAGGAGGAAAACAGUGGAGCAACUCCGGCCUUGACCGGCGAGAUGCCUUCCGAACAGGACACUUCGCUGCAAGAUGAUACCACCGCCGCGUCAUCCGCAACGAGGAAACCAGAAUACGAAUUCCUGCUUUUCAACUAUCUUCUCCGUUUCGUACAUCGUGAGGGCCAGAUUGGCGAUUUCGCUCGUGCUGGUCUUCUCUUCCUCAUGGACGUUGCAAUGACAUCAAUCGAACCUUCGCAGAGCUCAAACGAUUUGUCCUCUUCCACGUCCACUCUAUCCUCUGGCAACGAUCCCACAAACGAUGCGGCUUUGGCGCUGGCGGAAUACAUUCUGGACGGCGACUUCUCUGACGUUCUUGCUGCUGGCCUGGCUGCUGUUUACUCGAUAUUACCAACGAAGCUCGAAGUUCGUCCACCAGUGCAAACAGAGUUGACACCAUCUUCUGGCAUGAUCCUCGGUGGAAGUGCAGUCGAGAUCUCCGAGGAGGUGAAGGAGAAGGAAGAGAUUGAGCGGGAGAACAGACGAUACAUGGGUAUCGAGGAUUCGUCAAACGCAGACUUCAGGUCCCGGCUGGACCAUUUUUUAAAGCUCCUGGAGUUUCUGCAGGACGUUCUCCGUCGAAAUGUCAUACAAGAGAUGCCCGACGGAUCCUUUGACCCUUCCACCCUGCUUGGCUCGGCAAUUGUCCAGUCCAUUCUGGAUGCUGUCCGGAGAGUUUUUCUGGAGAAUGUGCUCUACCCAUCCAUCCUCGAAUGCUCAGACUCAGACGGCAGCGCCGUUGCAGUCAUGUCAUAUAUCGAGAUCAUGAUUCGCACGCUCGAGAACGGGCAGCUCGGGAACUUGCUCGUCGAAUUUCUCACAAGCGAGGACAAUACCGAGGAUUUUACCCGCUCCCGCAUGCCCCGACACCGCACCACUCUGGACCUCAGCACUAAUGCUCCCCCGACGUCUGAGUCGACACGAGCUGCCAAGUCGCGGCGACGGAAGAGUGCGGCGAUGGCCCUGCUGGAGAUUGAGGCACCACACGCCCACCAGCAGUCCGGGUACUUUACAUCGAUGGGACGCUUCACGCUUAAGGACCUUCUCUUGAGUUCACUUCGAUCAGCAUCUCAGGCUACCAUGACGGCCGCAAUGCAGCUACUCCAUACCAUGCUACAGCAGUACUGCCGACUAUCGGCGGAAAGGCUACUAGUCGUCAUUCACGACCCAUUCGCCACAAGCUUCCCACAACCGGUCUCCUUACUUCCUCCAAUAGACCCUACCAAGAUGGACGACGACGAGGACGAAGUCUUCGUAUACCCAGGCGCAGAUACCGAUGCUUUCAUGAUCGACCCAAAGCCGUCAGGGACGAGUAUCCUCUUCGUACAGCCGGAAGCCACUUUCUGGGCUCACGAGCGCGAGAUGAACUUGUACCUCGGCCUUGUGUCUCGCCUAAACCCAAACCACACCGAGGAUGUGUUCAGCACUGGGUAUGACCACUACCUGCGCGAUGCUCUCACAAAUAUCGAAUCGCAGCCGUGCUUCUACAUCGACAUGGACCUGAAAGAGCGGGAGAAGCUGAAGCACAGGUUGAACCCCAGUGACCCGAUGCUCUCUUCGUUGGUUGACGGACUGCGGAGGUUCUUCGCUAACACGCCAGAACUGAACAUGUCACUGACUGGGGUCCUGGCCACGCUGGCGAUCUGCCCUGACCGAUCUCUUGCGGGCUGGCUGGCCUUUACCGAGAGCGAUAACAAAGACGCUCCCACACUAGACAUGUGGUCUUCGCUCAUUAGGCAUAAAGAUGACGGCGACGACCGGUCAAUUGACUGGCGCAUCAACGACGACCUCGCGGUACGCACAGCACCGCUCGCGACGUCUGCUAUCGACGAGCGCACGAAACCGGUCGUGUACACGAUCUUCCAGGGGCUCGUCCAGCAGCUCGAGCGGUACCGCACACUAGUCGAGGACUUUGACCGCUUCCUGCUCGAACGGCGGCAGGGCCUGCUCUUCUCCGAGAACCUGACCGACGCGCUGACGCUCGCGCUCGACGUCGAGGGCAGCGUCUUCGCCCGCGCAGUCCCCCCGCCGCCGACGGCCCCCGCGGACGCCACGUCGCGCCCAAAGGCGAAGAGCAAGAGCGCGAGCUUCGUGUCGAUCUUCACGCCCAAGAAGCGAUCCAAGCAGGCUCAGACGUCGACCGGGUCGCUGACGCCGCGCGGCGCGCACAAGGCUCUCGAAGCGAGCCCAUUCGGGCCCCACUACCAGCGGACGGCCGCCAUCGCUGUCGAGCCGUACCUUGCGCCUGUGCCGUCGGAUGGACCCUGGCAGCCGGCGAAGCCGAUGAAGAAGUGGAACGAGGACGAAGCGGAUGCGUUUGCCUCGGGCCAGUGGGGCGAUACAAGCCUUGCCAGCGACCUUGUGCGCGCGAAGGAGGAGAGGCAGGAGGAGCAGGAGGAGCAGGAGAGGAAGGUGACGCAAGUGACGCUAUCGCAGCUGCUGGACAACGUCGUCAUUCUGGAAGAGUGCAUGAAGGAGCUCGUGGCAAUCAUUCAUGCCAGGAGGAGCUUGGGAAUUGAUUCUAUCCGAUAUCUGUAA